AUGUCAAGCAUACCACCAAAUCAAUCCUUAUACAUUAGAAAUUUAAAUGAGAAAACUAAUAAAGAUGCAUAUGGAAGGAUUCUUGAUAUUGUUGCAUUAAAAACGAUUAAAAUGCGUGGGCAAGCAUUUAUUGUGUUUAGAGAAAUACAAAGUGCAACAGCAGCUAUGAGAGGACUUAAUGGAUUCAAUUUCUAUGAUAAACCAAUGCACAUAGAAUAUGCAAAAGGUAAAUCAGAUGCUGUUGCAAAACUUGACGGAACAUGGAAAAAGCCAGGGACCAUUUCUUCUACUCAACGUUCACAAACAGUAACAGGUCAAUUAGGUGUAUCACCUGCACAAAAAAGACAACGUGAAGAAGAAGGUGUGUUUGAUAACAAGAGAGCAGCGAAUGGUGAAGCUUUCAAAGAAAGUGAAUUCGAUUCACCAGAAGUUGAACCUGAAACACAACAAUCCGAAAUUGAGUCACCUAAUAGAAUUUUAUACAUACAAAAUUUACCACCAGAUGUUACUGAUGAAAUGUUAAGUUUCUUAUUUCAACAAUAUCCUGGUUUCAAAGAAGUACGUCUUGUGCCUGGAAAAUCAGAUAUUGCAUUUGUAGAAUAUGAGGCAGAUCAUCAAGCGGCAGUGGCUAAAGAUGUGUUAAAUGGAUUCAAGAUUACACAUGAUAAAGAAAUGAAGGUUACAUUUGCAAGGAGAUAA